UUUUAACAUUUUCAAGCGAAGAUUUCAUAAUGGGCAAGGAAAAGGUUCACAUCAACAUUGUGGUCAUUGGUCAUGUCGACUCAGGCAAGUCGACCACCACUGGCCACUUGAUCUACAAGCGGGGUAUUGACAAACGUGUUAUUGAGAGGUUUGAGAAAGAAGCUGCUGAGAUGAACAAGCGAUCAUUCAAGUAUGCUUGGGUGCUCGACAAGCUCAAGGCAGAGCGUGAGCGUGGUAUCACCAUUGAUAUUGCCUUGUGGAAAUUCGAGACCACCAAGUAUUACUGCACAGUCAUUGACGCCCCUGGACACCGUGACUUUAUUAAGAACAUGAUCACUGGAACCUCCCAGGCUGAUUGUGCUGUUCUUAUCAUUGACUCUACCACUGGUGGUUUCGAAGCUGGUAUUUCCAAGGAUGGACAAACCCGUGAGCAUGCUCUCCUUGCCUUCACCCUUGGUGUCAAGCAAAUGAUUUGCUGCUGCAACAAGAUGGAUGCUACAACUCCAAAAUACUCAAAGGCAAGGUAUGAUGAAAUCGUGAAGGAAGUCUCUUCCUACCUGAAGAAGGUUGGAUACAAUCCUGACAAGAUUCCUUUCGUCCCCAUCUCUGGAUUUGAGGGUGACAAUAUGAUUGAGAGGUCCACCAACCUUGACUGGUAUAAGGGCCCAACCCUUCUUGAUGCCCUUGAUAUGAUCCAGGAGCCCAAGAGACCUACAGACAAGCCCUUGCGUCUUCCACUUCAGGAUGUCUACAAGAUUGGAGGCAUUGGAACCGUGCCUGUGGGUCGUGUCGAGACUGGUAUUAUCAAGCCUGGUAUGCUUGUGACUUUUGGUCCCACAGGAUUGACCACUGAAGUUAAGUCUGUUGAGAUGCACCAUGAGGCUCUCCAAGAGGCUCUUCCUGGAGAUAAUGUUGGCUUCAAUGUGAAGAAUGUUGCAGUCAAGGAUCUCAAGCGUGGGUUUGUUGCCUCAAACUCCAAGGAUGACCCUGCCAAGGAGGCAGCCAACUUCACCUCCCAAGUUAUCAUCAUGAACCACCCUGGCCAGAUUGGAAAUGGCUAUGCCCCUGUCCUUGAUUGCCACACCUGCCACAUUGCUGUCAAAUUUGCCGAGAUCAUCACCAAGAUUGACAGGCGUUCUGGUAAGGAGCUUGAGAAGGAGCCCAAGUUCUUGAAGAAUGGCGAUGCCGGAUUUGUUAAGAUGAUUCCCACAAAGCCAAUGGUGGUCGAAACUUUCUCCGAGUAUCCUCCACUUGGUCGUUUUGCUGUCAGGGAUAUGCGUCAAACUGUGGCUGUCGGUGUCAUCAAGAGCGUAGAGAAGAAGGAUCCUUCCGGAGCCAAGGUCACCAAGUCUGCAGCUAAAAAGGGUGUCAAGUGACUUGUGCGGUUUGGGGUUUCUGCAAAUGAAGGCCAUUAUCAAAGUUGUCACAGUAAGGAUUGGGUUCUUGCCAGUAAUCUAUCCAUUAGAAGUAAGUGUUCGUUUUGUUGGCUAUAGCUUCAAGUCCGCAGUCAUUUAGGUACUGGUCACAGAACUGGGUGCUUGACCGGCGGUGGCAGGACUGCCGUCCUUGUGAUAAUAUAUCUUUUGUCGUUGGUACUGUCUUGUGAGACAUUUAUUUCUUAAGCAGCAAUGGGGUUUUUUAGGUCUGUUCCUUGGCUGCCGGGAUGCUUUCCAUUUACAUUCAUAAUAUAUCAAAUUUUUGCCUGUGGUAUUUGAAGCUA